CGCUCGCGAGUCGAACGGCGAGUCACGCGUAACCACCGUGGGCUGGUAGUGCGUUUGCGCGACCGAUCGCCGCGCGGCCUGUCGUGUGGUGGCUUUGCCGCCGAUGGUGGGGAUGAGAAACGUGCUCGUCACCCUCGAAGAGCGCCUCGAGAGACUCAGUAAGCGCCGCGAGUUCGCCGUGGCCGGAAGUCUAUCGUGGCGGUCUUGUUCGUGUUUCAUGGCUUUCGGUCUCUGACGCGCCACUUCUCGACUUUGUCGCUCCUACGAGUGCGUACGUCGAGCUUAGAAAUAUCGUUAUUUAUCAUUCGAAUACCUUCGAUACAUGUAACACGCUGGAAAUUGCCGACAGAUCGAACUGCGAUAUAUGAAAAUUUAGUGCAAGAGUCGAGUCACGUUUCGUGUAAGAAAGUUGAACGACGUCUGGUUCCUUGGUGAUACAAAAGGAUUUCGUUUCGGAUGGUGCGCAAAGGAAGAAACAGUCGUGACCAGACUGGUCGCUUUGUCUGUUAAGAUCCGUAGAAAUUCGACACACGGUAAAAGCAAUUACGUUAAGAGGUCCCUGAGUCGGGAGCAGUGUGUCUCGAGAGACUAUUCGGUCUCUCAUCCCUCGCUCCUUGCGGCAAGCUUGCAAAGGAUCGCGGGACAGUUUGUGGUUAGCUGACGUCAUCAAGAACAAACAAGCAGAUCGAAGAUCCGCAGGAAGAGAGAUAUUAUAUAUCUGUGUUGAGAGACAAAGAGCCGUCUAGGAGUCGCUGUCCCAACAGAGGGAAAAUCAGAAAAGGGGAUUUCAGUUGCUAGAAACAUACGGAGGAGACAGAAAAGGAGAGAGACUUCAUCCAGAGAAGUCCGAAUUCCUGUCGGAGCUCCGUUCUAUUCGAUGAAUGUUUAAAGUCUUUUUUCUAAUUGACUGUAAUUGUUCGUUUUGACUCUCCUCUCGACCAUCAAGUUGAAAUCAAUCCGAGUUGAUUGCUGAUAUUUUCCAUUUGGAUAGUAACGGCGUAAACAUCUAGAACUCCCACGGAGUUCUCGUGCAAGAUGAUAACAAGUGUCAGGAUCGCGAUGAACGUCCGUCUGUCCCUGGUCGACUGAUCGCCAGAGACAGUUCGAGAAAGAGGGAGACGAGGCUUUUUCCAUCAACUAGAUUGAAAAACGAUGUCCGACAGAAGCAAGUGAGGAUCCCUUUUUUGCGUGUCCCCCUUUUUUUCGGUAAUCUCUACUCGACGGAAGAAGAUGUGCCUGCGACACUUGCUGCUCUGCCUGUUGGGCGUCAUCGUCAUCGUCAACGAAUCCGAGGCCAGUUGGGACGAAUGGUGGACCUACGACGGAAUUUCAGGACCUUCGUUUUGGGGUUUGAUAAACCCCCAGUGGUAUUUGUGCAGCAAAGGAAGACGACAGAGUCCUAUCAACAUCGAGCCUGACAAGCUUCUCUUCGACCGCCACUUGAGACCAGUGUCGGUCGACAAACACAAGGUUUCCGGACAUUUAUACAACACCGGUCAGUUCCUGGUAUUCAGAGCGGAUCGGGAAGCGAAGGUGCGAGUCAAUAUAACAGGUGGCCCACUCGCCUAUCAUUAUCAAUUCGAGGAGAUCUACAUACACUAUGGAAUGGAUAACGAUUACGGAUCGGAGCAUCGCAUUAACAACUACGCUUUUCCUGCAGAGAUACAAGUGUACGGGUUCAACGCGGAACUGUAUCACAAUAUGAGCGAGGCGCAACACAAAAGUCAAGGCCUGGUCGCGAUCUCGUUGAUGGUACAGAUCGGCGAGACGCUGCACCCAGAGCUUCAAAUCAUAACGAGCGUGUUCAACAAAGUUAAAUACCGCGGCGAUUUUGCGCCUGUACGUCAUCUGUCUUUGAAGAGCCUCCUUCCAAACACGAACGAUUACAUGACUUACGAGGGCAGCACGACUCACCCAGGCUGUUGGGAAACAGCAGUAUGGCUGAUCCUCAACAAACCUAUUUACGUAACAGCGCGAGAGCUUUACGCACUAAGGCAACUAAUGCAAGGUCCGUCGACCACCCCGAAAGCACCCCUGGGAAACAAUUCGAGGCCGCUGCAGGAUCUUCAUUACAGGACUAUACGGACAAACAUCGAUUUUCACAAGCGACCGGAUGCGAAGUGUCCAUCGAUGGCUCAGGACAUGCACUAUAGAGAUGACUUUUUCUUUCCAGCGAACACGUGGCAGGACGAUGGCUCCCUCUCGCACAACGGCGUCGUCUGAAUCGUGGCCGUCAUACAAACCAGAGACGUUUUCGGCUUUCAAUGCGACAGGUUCACGCGAACAUUUCGUAAUAGGCAUGCAAAAAGAAAAAGACCACUGUGUACAGGCUUGACAAGGUCACGGUUCAGGGAACUCGAUUCGUCCAAAUGGCAGACAAAACUCUGCAGAUCUUUCUCAUUUUCGUUACGAAACGAACAAAUGAAAUAAGACCAUCGAGAAACUUCCAUUUCAUUGCAUUUAUUAUAAUUUGAAAUUCGACCAUUUCUUAAUUCCAUUCCUGUGUUACUGAAAGAAAUUUGAAAUAUACAGAUCUAUUCGAUUUGAACGAAGAUCUUCUUUGGAAAUCUAUUUAACGAACCGAUAAAAGAUUUCUUUCCGGAAGCUUCAAAGCGAUUCAAUUCAAUCGAUAGACAUGACAUUGAAAAAUGUCGAAAGUCAAAUUUCGAGAAGAAGAUUGCAGAAGAGUUACUCGGUUGUUCUAACUUGUACGUUAGAAUGACAUGUUGACAUCUUAACUGAAUAGAUAUUCUAAUUAAAAAUAUUGCUGCAGGAACUAACGAACUACGUGAAUUUCGAUUAAUUUCAUUGAAAAUUGAUUCGUCCAAUGAUAGUACACGUUCGGUGGGAUCUCUCCCUAAGAAAAACGAAAUCGCAAACCAGUUUGAUACUUGGAAGCUAAAUUUACGCGCUGAUAAUCGCCAACAGAUGCGAUAAUUAAAACGAAGAAACGAUCGAUAAAGAUUUACUGUAUUUCGGCGUGGCACCGAUUUUCGUCGAUUCCGAGCAGCUGCAUCCACAAUUCGAAGGUGUGGAAGAAGAUUCACGAGCUAUCAGGGACGGGCACGGGUUCCUCGAGUUAUCGCGGCCGAACCGAUUUUGACGGGGAUGAUAAGUGUGUUGGAGCGCGGCUGGAAUUUGUAUUUGUCGCCUGAACACCUUCCGGAAAUCGUUCCUGUCGUUCGUUGGCGAAAAAGGGGAGGCAAGCGCUCGAAAUCGAGGCGAACGUACUAAGAGAUGGGAAUAUUUCGUGGAACGUUCGCCUGAACCAGUGUCCAAUGCCCUAAUUGAUCGUGUUUCUCGUGAAUUUCGAAAAUAGCGAGUUAAUUAGGAAAUAUCUCUCUGUUCAUGAUUGUGAAUCGAUAAUUGACGAUUUAAUAAUUCACGACGAAGAUGUAUGAUUUGAGGUGAAAUUGCAAAUUAUUUACGAUUUUGGGAAUUCAGGAUGAAUUAUUAAAAAUAAGGGAAAUUUGGAGAAGUUUGUACGUGUAGAAGAAUGAUAGCAGGUUUGUAUGUAAACGCGAUCGCUUUGUAAUAAUUCGUUGUGGAAGUUGACGCGGAAUUUGUCAGGUGUGUAAAUUGAUUCGGUGCAUUUUUUAAAAUCGUCGAAAUAGUUGUUGCGUAAGUAUUGUGCAAGAGAGCCUAAGUCGUGCGUUCUCGUGAAACGAAACUGCUUUAAGUAAUAUUUCUCCCGAUACACUGUCCAUUACCAUUUUAUAUCUUUCCAGGUGUUUCGUUGAAGCGGAAAAAAAAAAGAAAAA